GGACUCCCCCGAGGGGACCCCUGGGUGCUCGGUCCUGGAGCAGCCGGUAACCCGGCAUCGUCCCUCACCCCGCUCCAUCCUGACCUUGGCCGGCGCCAAGACCAGUCACCAUCUCACCCCAAAAACCUCCCCCGCGUGUUUGUUUUCCCCUCCCUUUUCUAAACCUCCAGCCCCUGCUGCUGGCAGCUCUCGCUAACAGGGGACAGGUGAGGGACACCGAUAUUAAUGAACAAGGACAUCUUCAAAUGAUUUAUUUAAAAGCUUGAAGUUUUUAAGGGCUGUGAUCUCUUCCUGGAAAAAUAUGAGCUGAUAAAGACUUGAGGACAGCACCAAGAGAAGGGUGUGAGAUGAGUUCUUCAGCCUUUGCAGGGUGUUGCAGGCAGCUUAGCCUGUGCCAAGCAGCUGCCCCUGAUGUGGGCUGUUCUCUUCUGGAAGAGCCCGACUUGUUUCAUCCAGGUCACCGUGGAAGUUCUGCUGCUCGGACUCUGCGCUGAGAAUGAAUGGGGGAAGGAAGCAAACGCAGCCCUUGGCUAAGGACAGUGGAUUUCUCAAUUUUCUGAAUUUUCUUCGUUCUCCACUCCAUCAGGUGUGCUGAACAUGCUGCUGAUAGCGAAUGUGUUGCUGAUGAUACUGCCCGUCUCCGAGACCCGUCCCAUGGAAGAGUUGUAGGGUUGCUGCGCAGAUCGAUGGACGUGGACCCCUAUGCCAGCAUGCAGGUUGGGAUGCGGGUGGUGCGUGGAGUGGACUGGAAGUGGGGCAACCAGGACAACGGCGAAGGGAACGUUGGGACCGUGGUGGAGAUCGGUCGGACGGGCAGCCCGACCACUCCAGACAAGACUGUGGUCGUGCAGUGGGAUCAAGGAAACAGAACCAAUUAUCGGACUGGAUUCCAAGGGGCUUAUGACCUUCUUCUGUAUGAUAACGCACAAAUUGGUGUCCGUCACCCAAACAUCAUCUGUGACUGCUGCAAGAAGCACGGUAUACGGGGAAUGCGGUGGAAAUGCAAAAUGUGCUUUGACUAUGACUUGUGCACACAGUGUUACAUGAACAACAAGCACGAUCUGUCUCACUCCUUCGAGCGCUAUGAGACAGCACACUCGCAGCCAGUCCUGGUGAGUCCUCGACAGAACUUGACUCGCAUCACAUUAAAAGGGACUUUUCAGGGAGCUAAAGUGGUCCGUGGCCCCGACUGGGAGUGGGGUAACCAGGACGGUGGUGAAGGUAAAACUGGGCGCGUGGUCGAUAUUCGUGGCUGGGAUGUGGAGACUGGACGCAGUGUGGCCAGCGUCAUAUGGUCUGAUGGCACCACGAAUGUCUACAGAGUUGGACACAAGGGGAAAGUGGACCUGAAAUGCACUGUGGAGGCAUCUGGUGGCUUUUACUACAAAGAGCAUCUCCCAAAAUUAGGAAAACCAGCUGAACUGCAGAGGAAAGAAAGCACAGACAGGCACCCGUUCCAGCACGGGGACAAAGUGAAGUGCCUGCUGGACAUCGACAUCUUGCGGGAGAUGCAGGAGGGCCAUGGUGGCUGGAAUCCGAAAAUGGCUGAGUUCAUUGGCCAGACAGGGACUGUGCACAGAAUCACGGACAGAGGGGACGUGAGGGUCCAGUUCAACAGCGAAACCCGCUGGACUUUCCAUCCUGGAGCCCUGACGAAGCUCAACACCUUUUGGGUUGGUGAUGUUGUCCGAGUGAUAGAUGAUAUGGAAACAGUGAAGCGAUUCCAACCUGGUCAUGGGGAGUGGACAGAUGAAAUGGCACCUACCCUGGGGCACAUCGGCAAAGUGAUCAAGGUCUAUGGGGACGGAGACCUGCGCGUCUCGGUUGGAGGGCAGUCCUGGACGUUUAACCCGGCUUGCCUGACUGUCUACCAGAGAGACGAGGAAGCGAACCUCAUGACAACAGAGAACGCAAAGGAAUCCAAAAGUACUUUAAUUACCGUAUUGGAGAAGCUGCUGUCCCAGAAGACGGAGUCGGAGCACGCAGGGUGCCUGGUCAUUUGUGCGGCGCUCAACAACGCCGCUAAAGUCCGGGAGCUCCUUCAGAAGUACCCGGACAAGGUCGAUGCCAAGAACCAGGGCAGGACGGCCCUGCAGAUUGCUUCUUACCAGGGACAUCUGGAUGUUGUGAAGCUCCUGCUGCAGGCACACGCCAGCGUCAACCUAAGGGAUGAAGAGGGGGAUACAGCCCUGCACUACGCAGCUUUUGGAAACCAAGCUGAGGUUGCCCGUGUGCUUAUUAGUAAAGGAGCCAGCACGGACCUGUUAAACAACGCAAAGUGCACAGCGUUGUAUGUUGCUGUCAGUCAAGGAUUCACAGAGGUCGUGCGGACCCUCUGCGAGCUCAACUGCGAUGUCAACCUCCCAGAUUCCCAGGGAGACACCCCUCUGCAUUACGCCAUCACUGCAGAUUACGCAGUCAUUAUUGAGAUUCUCACUGAAGUACCCAACAUCGACUUCACUGUCCAGAACUGCCAAGGCUUCAACCUGCUCCACUAUUCUGCUCUGAAAGGCAACAAGCUAGCCAUAAAGAAUAUUCUAGCAAGAGCUCGGCAGCUGGUUGACUCCAAAAAGGAAGAUGGCUUCACCGCCCUGCACCUUGCUGCUCUCAACAAUCACAAGGAAGUGGCAGAAAUUCUCAUCAAAGAGGGUCGCUGCGAUGUCAACCUCAAGAACAACCGCAACCAGACGGCGCUGCACCUGGCUGUCAUCCAGGGACACGUGGCGAUGGUGCAGCUGCUGGUCAGCGAGGGCAGCGAUGUCAACGCUGAGGAUGAGGACGGGGACACAGCCAUGCACAUCGCCUUGGAACGGCAGCAGCUCAUGUCCGUCAUGAUGGAGAAGCGCGAAGGGGAGAUGGGGUUGUCUCUCCUUUCCAAGCUGCAGGCGUCUGGCAUUCUUGGAAAUGUAGAGCUGAAUGUUGGAACUGCCAUUGCAUGCUACUUAGCACAAGAGGGAGCAGAUAUUAAUUAUGCAAACCAUCGGGGAAAGUCUCCUUUAGACCUCAUUACAGAUGGAAGGAUUGUCCAGCUCGUCAAAGACUUCUCACAGAAAUUCAGGGAUCAGCAGGUUUCUUCAGACAGCUCAGCCGUCACCUGCAGCCUUCGCCGGGUGCACACCACCCCCAACACCAUGACCAACCUUAGUGUCUCGAGCGUGGCGGUGCCCACAGAGUGCCUGGUCUGCUCGGAGCUGGCCUUGCUCAUCCAUUUCUUCCCCUGCCAGCACAGUAUUGUGUGUGAAGAAUGCUCCAGGAGGAUGAAGAAGUGCAUCAAAUGUCAAGUGACAAUAACCAAAAAACUGAAACAAGACAGCACCGAGGUGGAGUGCAGCCCCAGCUCGGAAUCCACCGACCAGAGGAAGCUCAUGGAGGAGCUGCAGAACCGCUACCGGCAGAUGGAAGAGCGCAUCACCUGCCCGAUCUGCAUCGACGACCAAAUCAAACUGGUGUUCCAGUGCGGCCACGGCUCCUGCCCGGACUGCAGCACAGCCCUCACCGUCUGCCCCAUCUGCCGGCAGGCCAUCCGCGAGAGGAUCCAGAUCUUCGUCUAAGGAUGCGCUCGCUUCCCUUCCCAUUCCCACCUCCCUCCUUUCCUUCUUCUUUUGUUUGCGUUUUAGAUGAGAGGCGCUAGUCAGGCUGAUGCGUUUGGCUCCCUGCAAAAAGCCAUUGUGAAAGAGAGGGGGGUGAAGAAGCGAUGUGAUUCGGGUGCAGGGGGAGGGAGUCCCCUCUGCUGCAGUGUCACCAGGCCAAGGAGCAGCACGGGAGGGCUGGCAGCCCCUCACCCCCUGCUGCCCAUCCAGCCAAAAGGACCCCAAGUGAAGAACACUGACCUGGCUUCUGAAGGCAGAAGAGUCUUUCAGACCAAACAGACGUCCAUGCGCAGGUGUUCCAGCAGCAUCCAGCCCCCGUGACUGCGUCGCAUCUCGUGCCCCGCGGCGUCAGAUCUGCAGCCUCGCACUGCUUGGGAUGGAGAUGCUGGAGGAGGAUGCACCUCGUACCGAUGGCAAAGCAUCCGCUUGCACUUCGUGAGGAGAUCGCAGAGACCACCGAUGCUUGUCGGUAUUAGGGAGGGAACGUCCCAGGACUCUCUCAGAUCUACUAUUUAAUGGGCUCAACGAGGACUCGGACUGACAGAGACAAAUCUGGAUGUCAUGAGAUCCUAAAGACAGAGUGUGUGCCUUAGAGAUAAAGUAGUGAAUGCUGAUUGGAGAAAAUACGUUGUUGUUACAAAUAUUUCUAACCUCUAAGUGACACUCUUCUUCCAUUUUUUUGGUUUUAUUUUGGCUCAACCGUGUGUUCAGAGACUCCUGAGCUUUCUAUCCAUAACGCCAAAGGCAGGUUUAAAUACUCCAAUCAAAAUGUAAAGAAAAUAAAUAGUAAUAAUUAAGACAUGAGAAAAAGGGAUUUCAUUUGUUUCUUUGUUUUGCAGCAAAACUUAAUAAAAUAAAAUCUAUAUUUUCCUGAGCAUUAAAAUGAAUGUACAAACAGUAGCUGAACUACGGAUCCAGCUGUAUUGUGUUUUCCAGCUGUCUGACUGAAGAAAUAUUAUCCAGAGUCCAUCCUGUAAAGUCCCUGUUGGUGGCAGCGGCCGCCUGGGACUGGUGCGCCAUGUGUGUAUGUACACGGACGUGUUUGCGUGUGUGCUGUGUAUCGUUAACCACACAAUUAUACCAACUAUACUGUUUAUUACAUAUUGCGAGCAAUAUUUAAAACAAAAA